GGGGAGGCCACAGCCAAACAUAACCAAAUUUGACCUUGUCAGCUUUAAUCAUGGCUUCUCAUCAACUGUGGGGAGGUGGGGUGGCGGUGUGGUGGGAGAAGGUACUAGGACACAUGGACAUAUCCAUUCUCUGUAAUUGGAGAGAGUGAAGACGAAGAGAGAAAAAUAGCAACAGUGAUUUAAGGCAGAGACCGAAGGAGAAGUCCUGGAGAGAGCGCUGCUUCAGUGCUGCACUCACGGCCUCUGCACCCCUGCGUGCCUGUGUCUGUGUGAGUAAGCGUGUGAGAGAGAGAGAGCAAAAAAGAGGGGGGAGAGGGGGGCGUGUAGAUGUGUGUGUGUGCUUGCUACACAGCCAUGGUAGUUUGAGCUGAAUGAUGCUCUCUGGCUGUCUCUCUCCGCGCUGCCUGGCUGUUCCUGCUUUCUGCCGCCGCGCGCUGAUGAACCAUUUUAAGCUGCAGCGGACACACACAGCCCCGAACAACCGCUUCCCUGCAACGGCCAUCAUCCUGGUUCUACUGCCAGCUGAUGGUCUGACACAGUAGGACACCUACACCUGCUGCCUCUGCACCGCUCCUACAACAGGGAAAUACAGAGACAGGACUGCUGCUUGUGAGCUCAGAAAUGAAGUUGUGCCCCUCCACUUCCCAGAUGUACCGCCCCAGUGUCAGUGUGUGGACAGACUACAUCUUCUAGAGGACAACAACCGAGCCCUGAAACUCAAGCCUGGGACCUUCAGCCAACACAGGCUACAGCACAAACUCCUGGAGCAUGAGCUUCAAGAUGUUCUCAAGGAGAAAAAGCACUUGAGUCACCACUUGUUCAACAAUAGCAAAAAGGCAGUCCAGAAUGAGCAGGUGAAGUCAGAGUAUGAGCAGCUCAAAGAGACCCUCGGUGCUGUGACUCAGGAGAGAGAUUCAGCCCUGCAGGAGAAGACCCAGCUCCAAGGCAAACUGGAGAACCUAGAGCAGGUGCUAAAGCAUAUGCGUGAGGCUGCAGAGCGGAGGCAGCAGCUAGAGUUGGAGCAUGAACAAGCCUUGGCUGUACUCAAUGCAAAGCAGCAGGAGAUUGACCUUCUGCAGCAGGCUCAGGUUGAGGCUAAGAAGGAGCAUGAGGGAGCUGUCCAUCUGUUAGAGAACCACUUGGACAGCAUGCAGGCCAAAGUCCGAGAGCUGGAGGAGAAAUGUCGGACACAAAGUGAGCAGUUCAACCUCCUGUCCAAAGAGCUGGAGAAGUUCCGGCUACAGACCGGAAAGUUUGAUACCCUUGGCAGUGGCACCGAUCCCUUAACUGUGUGUGAAUCCCCUGGAUCGCCAAACAAAUCCCUCUCCCAGCUCUUCAACGGGCUGGCCGCCCCCACAGGGAAAGGCAAUGAGAGUCCGCUGAGCAGAUCUGUGAUCUCUGAGUUCAUCCGACCGCUCCAGAUCUGUGGGGACAAGCCGGAGCUCGUGUCUGUAAAGCCAACAUUCCUCACCCGCAGCAGCAGCCGGACUGGCAGCUCUCAACGGGCCCUCCUCACUGAGAUGGACAAAGAACUAAGCUCAACGACUAGGACCAAGAAGAGGUUCACAGGCAAGGUCCGUCUGUGCAUCGCCCGGUACAGUUAUAACCCCUGUAAUGGGCCCAAUGAGCAUCCUGAGGCAGAGCUCCCCCUGGUGGCAGGGAAGUACCUCUACGUGUAUGGGACCAUGGAUGAUGACGGCUUCUAUGAAGGAGAGCUGCUGGAUGGACAGCAGGGACUUGUCCCUUCCAACUUUGUGGACUUUGUUAAGGAUGAGAAGAUGCCCUCUGCUCAGCAUAGGGACGGGGCCAAAGAGUCAGGCUACCUCAGUAGUAACCACAGCAGCCUGGGCUCCACAGGGCUGGGCAGCAUGGGCCUGAGCAGCAUCAGCAGCCUGCUGUCUGACAGUAAACUGGACCUGGGCCCUAGCCUAGAUAGAAACCUGGAGAGAAAUCUUGAGAGAAACCUGGGGAGCAACCUCAGUUCCACUCUGGGUUCCACUCACGGUUCCACUCUGGGCAGCCACAUGGGUUCCACUCUGGGUUCCACUCACGGUUCCAGUCACGGUUCCACUGGACUGGGUUCCAGUCUGAGCAGCACUCUGACCAGCCUGGGCAGCAGUAGUCUGGGCAUGGACUUCCUGGGCUCCAUGGGUUCCUGCAGCAAUGGGACAGGGACCCUGGAUGUCAGCAUUGACGAGAUUGGUGAAAAUAUUGUGCCUUACCCUCGCCGUAUCAAUCUGAUCAAACAGCUGGCCAAGAGUGUGAUCGUGUGCUGGGACCCUCCGGUGGUCCUGCCCGGCUGGGGCUCCAUCAGUGGCUACAACGUCCUGGUGGACAAUGAGGUGAGGAUGAGCGUGCCCUUCGGGGGCAAGACAAAGUCGCUUAUCGAGAAACUUAACCUGGCCACCAAUACCUACCGCAUCUCGGUACAGAGCAUCACAGAGCGGGGCCCGUCUGACGAGCUGCGCUGCACUCUACUAGUGGGGAAGGAUGUGGUGGUGGCUCCUUACUAUCUGAGGGUAGACAACAUCACACAGGUCUCUGCUGAGCUCUCCUGGCAGCCUAGCAACAGCAACUACAGCCACACCAUCUUCCUGAACGAGGCUGAGUAUGACAUGGUGAAGGCAGGGGCCUACAAGUACCAGUUCUUCCAACUGAAGCCCAUGACCGUUUACAAGGUGAAGGCCGUGGCGCGGACACACCAGAUACCUUGGCAGAUGCCCCUGGAGCACAGGGACAAGAGGGAGAUCUCUGUGGAGUUCUGCACCCAGCCUGCAGGUCCUCCCUUUCCUCCCCAGGAGGUGCAGGUCCAGUUGGGCCAGAACCCUGGGGUGCUGCAGGUACGAUGGAAGCCCCCCCUCCUCACCCCCACUGGAACCUCCAACGGAGCCAACGUGAUUGGCUAUGCCGUGUGCACAAAGGGACAAAAGAUAGCGGAGGUGAUGUACCCAACAGCUGACUAUGUGACAGUGGAGCUGAAUAGGAUCCAGUGUCUGGAGGCCAGGGAGGUCAUUGUCAGGACGUUAUCAGCACAAGGAGAGUCUCAGGACUCCCCCGUGGCCACCAUACCGCACAAUAUCCUGAGGCCUCCCCAUCACUCACCCCACCACCGCUCCCCUGCACACCCCCAUCCUAUGCCUCAACCCCAGCACCAUCAGCCACACACACAAACACACCCGCCAUACCCCCAGACCUACCCCCCAUCCCACCCCCAACCUCAGGUCCACCCUCUGCCUCGAUCCCAGCCCCACACCCUGCCUCAUGGUCAGCCUCUGCGCCACCCAACCCCUCACCCCCAGCCACAACACCAGCCCUACCCCAUGUCUAAGCCCAAUUUAGUAAGUGCCAGAGAGUCAGAAACCAAAGAGUAUGAGGCGGGCCUGCGGCCUGGUCCGCCCUGGGAGCGCUCCCUUUCGCCCCUCCCUCCUACCAUGCGUGGACACACUUUGGAGCCGCCCCACUUCCAGGGGCGUCGUUCACCCUCUCCUCAGAGGAUCCUGCCCCAGCCUCAGGGAGCCCCCAUCCCCAACACCAUCGCCAAGGCCAUGGCUAGGGAAGCUGCACAGAGAGUGUUCGCUGAGAACAACCGGAUGGAGAAGAGGAACAUCUUCAGUGAGCGGAGCGUGAACUCUGAUGAGGAGGAGGAUGGUUAUGUCUCUCCCCACACCAGGAGGAGAGGGGCUUCUGUGGACGACUUCCUCAGAGGCUCUGAACUGGGGAGACAUGUACGGCGCCACUACAGCCACAGUGAGGAGUACCAGACAGAGAGCAGCCGCGGCUCAGACCUGUCUGACAUCAUGGAGGAGGACGAGGAUGACCUGUACUCUGAGAUGCAGCUGGAGGAGGGCCGUCGGCGCAGCAUCAAUUCUCACAACACUCUCAAGAUUAUAGGGAACUCCCCUUCCCAUGGAUGCUCCCAUGGCGACCGGCUGGACCAUUCAGGGAGGAGGCCUGUCCAUGGCGGCAACCCCCCACAGCAACGACCCAUGAUGGUUCCUUCCAUUGAUGAGUACGGUGGGCAAGGCCGCGGACAUGGCCGAGGGCGGCGGUCGCCAGUGUACUACGAGGAGUCGGAGCCAGAGGACCUGGCGCGUAUAUUUGUGGCCCUGUUUGACUACGACCCCCUGUCCAUGUCCCCCAACCCUGAUGCUGCUGACGAGGAGCUGCCCUUCAAAGAGGGCCAGAUCAUCAAGGUGUUUGGAGAUAAGGACACGGAUGGGUUCUACAGGGCAGAGAUCCGUGACCGCCCGGGUCUGAUCCCCUGUAACAUGGUGUCAGAGAUCCAGACUGAGGAUGAUGGGAUGAUGGACCAGCUUCUCAAACAGGGCUUCCUCCCACUCAACACUCCUGUAGAGAAAUUAGUGAUCUGCAACCGCUUCAAAGAUGGUCGCUCAAUAAACCGCAGGUCCCGAAAAUCCAAGCGAGAGAGGAAUAGGCGGAGUGGGCGUCAGCACCCCUCGUCCACACGUAGAAUGGUGGCACUGUAUGACUACGACCCCAGGGAGAGCUCCCCCAACGUGGAUGUGGAGGCUGAACUGACAUUCUGUGCUGGUGACGUCAUAACAGUAUUUGGUGAAAUUGAUGAAGAUGGGUUUCAUUAUGGCGAGCUCAAUGGACACAAAGGUCUUGUUCCCUCCAACUUUCUAGAAGAAGUGCCUGAUGAUGUUGAGGUUUUUCUCACUGACACUCAGUCUCGAGAUGCUCGAUACCCGCAGGACGCUGCAGCGCGGAUAAAGACCAAAAGGGUACAUGCUCUCUCGCAGUACUAAGCCCUCUGUCAUCCAUUUGCUCCUUUCCGUUCCCUUUAUCUCCUUACUCCUUUAGUUUCCCGUCUGUGCUUGUGUUUCAUUCCUGAACAUAUGAUGGGAAUUCAGACUUUGGAGCAUUAUGCUGUAAACGUUGUUGAUGUCUCAGAAAUAUAAAGAAAACUAUUAAUACUUGACAUAGGAACUUUUAUUUUCAAUGUUGACUGCCGUGGGGGUGGGGGGGGGGACAUGCAUUGUAAAAUAUGUGGACAUAUUCAUAAAGCGUUCUCAAAGAGAAUAGACUGAAAUAAUAAAAGAAAAGCAGAAUUGUCAUGUAAUGUCUUGAAAAAUAGCAGUCAACAACAUGCAAUGUUUUUUUUGCACAUGCAUAUUUAGCAUUGUAAUAAAUGCUUUAUGAAUAUUACCUGUGUUUCUAAUAGAGGAAAUAGUUUAUGUACUGGAGGAUGAAAUAUCUAGACUGUAGCACUGCAUGUUCUCUCUUUAAGAUGCAUGAUUUCCCUUUGAACAUUUUUAUAGUGAACAAUAAGUCUAGUACAGUAGAACUUUUGUAUUUGCUCCUGAAAACUUUGUUUUUGUAUAUUGCUUACUUGUAUAAUAGCACCAAGAAGCUUAUGUUGCUCUUUGAGAGUAUAAUUUCAAAUGUCAUUAUAAUUAUAACUAGUUGUAAAAUAAUGUUACAAUAAUUCUGUAUUUAACAAAUAAUUGCAAGUUAAUGUUUGAAUAUGAGCAGAUUUCAUCUCAAGUUUCUUGGUUUGUUUUAUAAUUUGUCAUUCUCAUAGUGCAGACUAUUGAAACGCCAUCACUGCAUUUUUUAUUUGAUUUCUUUUCCUCACCCGCUUGGCAAACAGAAGAAGAGUGUUCAUUUCACACCUUAAAGGCUGUUUCCAUCACGUAAGUGAGCAACUGAGGAUACCAAGGUAACGCAGCCCUCGUCUAAUGCAGAUGACAUGGGUUCCCCUUAGUUUCCGGUACGCAACACACACUCCGUUUAUAUGACCAUUAUUUUGCCAGUUUAAAUUUCAGUUAAUUCCCUUUUCAAUGGAUGUAAAUAUUUAUAGAAUACUGUGGUACACACCAGGAUGAUCCCAGUGUAUAUGCUUUUAUUUGACGUGAGUUUAUUGUAAAAGCAUUCAGGUUGUGUUAACUUAAGGACGACCACUCUAGUCAAUGCAUUAGACAAGAAGCAUGGUAUCUUCAGUUGUUUCUCUGGGUGUUGUACAUUACAAUGUCCUUCUCUCAAGAUAAGUCUCCUGCUGUAACUCAUGGUAAGCUAAAAGGCCAUUGUUGCACGCCUAGGUUGCCUCCCUGUAGUACUAGUGGUAACAUUCAGACUCUAUAGCUAACAUUCUGAUAGAACCUCCCCUCUCUUUGAAGUAGUGCACCCUGCCACGCUUAAUCUAAUCAAACUCCGCUAGAAACAAUGAACUGUCUGCCAGACAGGCAACUCCCUCUUGUUGAGGUUUCCAAUCAAUCAGAUAAACAUUUCAUUGGCAUUACUUUACCCAUAGAUACCCAAGAUAGUGGUCUGCUCCGCAUGCCUUUAAGUUGUUAGUGGGGUGCACUUUUUCUGUCACAUAAGGAACGAUGCAAAAUGGCAAAAAUAGCUACUAACAUUUUUUCCUCAUAGAAAGUGUCAUCAAUUCGAUUUCAAAAAGUUAUUUUAAUUAACAUGAGAAAUGGAAAUUCACUUUUUUAUUUAGUUUGUAUAAAUAUUUAAGUUGCUUGUGAUCAGAUUUGUAAAUACAACUUUUUUUAAAGCAGGUUAAAUUGGUUCCAACAACCUUGAUGAAGUUACCUUGAUGAAAAGUGAUUAAUUGCUUCAAAAACUGGUAAAUUGAAACACUUAUCCCCUCUCGACGUAUGAUAAAUUAUGAACAUUCAAUGUGCAGAAUAAUAUGACCCUCUUAUUGAUCUGGAUGUGUCUAUAUGUAGCUAUAUACUAUAUCUACUGUAGAGACUAGUGCUAGAGACUAUACUAUAUCUACAUCUACUGUAGAGACUAUAGUAUAUCUACUAUAGAGACUAGUGCUAGAGACUAUACUAUAUCUACCGUAGAGACUAGUGCCAGAGACUAUACUAUAUCUACCGUAGAGACUAGUGCCAGAGACUAUACUAUAUCUACUGUAGAGACUAGUGCUAGAGACUAUAUCUACUGUAGAGACUAGUGCCAGAGACUAUACUAAAUCUACUGUAGAGACUAGUGCCAGAGACUAUACUAAAUCUACUGUAGAGACUAGUGCCAGAGACUAUACAAUAUCUACAGUAGAGACUAGUGCUAGAGACUAGUCUCAUGUUAAUAGGAUCUUAAGGAUACAUCUUUCCUAAGUGCAAUUGAAAAGAAGCCUUUUAGCUCAUGAUUACAAUGAAGGAAUAUUUAGAUAUUAGAUGUUUACUGUAACCCAGUUGUAUAUGAAUGCCCUUUAUAUUUAAAAAGAAAAUCUGCUGUCAUAUGUUGUCACAUAAUGUUAAUACAAUAUUGUAUCUCUUGUUUCGUGUGUGUGAAAGACAUGGCUUAUGCCAUUGAUAGCCAUUCUGGAGAAUCUCAGCAUAGAAAUGUGUGAUUGGUAAAGAGUAUGUGGAGAUUCUUUGACAUUGAAGUCUAUCAUUUAAACCAGCUUGAUGAAAGACUACCUAAAUGGCAGUGGGGGGGGGGGGGUAUACAGCACCUCAGUACACUCAAGUUACAAUAUCCUAACAUUUACAAGUUGAACUGGGCUACGCUAUGAGGGAGAUAGACUGAUGAAGCCAAAAGUAUGGUGGCCCUGCUGAGACAGAAAGGACUAAGUGGAAGGGAGUAGUGACUGGGGUGCAAGAGGGUUGGCUUUUUAACCCCGCUGAACUGUCCCUUACGGGUCUCCCAUUAGGUUCCAUUGGAAAAAUCGGGUCCGCCCAGAAGAGCCGCCUCCCCCACAGUGCGCCAACACAUCCCUGGCUCUGGCCCUGCUACAGUGGGGCCUGGCAGUCCCAUCAGGGGCCCCUGCGACUUGUCCUCCAAAAAGAAAAAGGGACUGCUCUCCAAAGGGAAGAAACUAUUGAAAAGACUUGGCGCUGUAAAAUAACCCCUUCAAAUACUUGAAGUAUAUUAUCAACCACAUAAUUCAUCUCCAACACUUCCAUUACUGUAAAUUCAGUCCUGUGAGAAGAAAAAAGUGGUCAAAAUGUACAAAUGUUGUAUUCUAGAAACCAUAUUUUCUUAUUUAAAUUGCAGUAUGUAUUUUGAAUAUGGUUCAGGGACCUCAUAGUUUGACAUUUAGUGUCAUAAGCCAACCUCUGGUCAUUUAUGUUUUGCUAUCUGAAGCAGAAGACUGCAACACGAUGGAUGAUUUGAAAUAUUCUCAAUUUUGAAGGCCAAUAGGUACGUAGGUGUGUUUGAUGACGCUGUAGACCACAAUGUUCCUCAGAGUAAGAGGGGUUUAUACCAGAGUCUCUUUAGGGCUGGGAUCAAAGGAUCGGGCUCAGAAUGGCCAGUCAACAUCAUACUUGAUAAUACUGCUGGUGGCUCACCUUAACCAAACCUUCACAUUGUAGUACCCAUAUUGAUGCAACAAAAGAGCAGUUUUAGGAUCAGGCAGCUGAGGUCAUUUGAACUGUAUAGGU